GUCUCCUGGUUUAUAUAGCUUUUAAUUUGGUAAAAUUAUCCUGAGUAUAUUAUGUUAUUGUCUGUACAGAAGUGCACGAAAAAAAAAAAAAAAAAGAAACGUCAACGAAUGCUCGGGUUGUGUCAAAACAAACACCACGGAGAGAGAGAGAGAGAGAGAGAGAGAGAGAGAGAGAACAUGUGUUAUAUGAAGUGAACGAAGGAAAUAGGGAAAAGCAGGAAGAUUAGAAGGACAUAAGAAGAUAGACAAGGAAUCACACAAGAAGAAAGGGAGAGAGAAAGUGAGUGAACGAAGAAAGGAGAGAGGAGAGAGAAAAGUUAUUGAGAUAAAGUGAACGAAGAAAGGAGAGGAAGAAAGAAAAAGUGAAUAAAGAAAGAGAAAGAAAAAAAGCGGCAGCAAGGACAAGAGGACAGGCGGUGGCAGUGCCGAGGCUAGUACCAGGCUGAAGGGUAGUGCCAGGGAGCCGCGGGAUGGCACAGAACGGUAUUCUUGACAGCAGCGAGGAUGAGGUGGACUUCCCCCCUAAUGACUACAUCUAUAGACCCAUCGAUGUGUUCUUUGUGGUCGUCGGCAUUGUGACCCUGAUUAUGGACUGGGGUUUUGACAUCACCACAGCAUACAACCACUGGUGCCACGAUGACUUUGCCUGGUUCACCCUGACGGUAAUCUUCAUGUGCUCCUCCUCUUUGGUCAUCAUGGUGGUGUCUCUGCGCUGGUACAUCAAGGACAUGUCCAAUGACAAGGUACCUCCUGUUUCAAAGUGCAAGUGGGUGGCCCGGGUCCUCAUUCUCCUGCUGCAGCUUGGCCCACUCAUAAGGUACUAUGACACACUGACCUUUGGCCUGAAAAGCAGAUGGUACUGGAGACGAGGGGACACACACCGACAGAAACAGUUUUACACUUGGAUGCUUUACGAGGAUGCGGACUCAGUGUUCCUGCGCAUGUUUGAGUGCUUCAUGGAAGCAGCACCACAGUUAGUCCUCCAGCUGUACAUCCUUACCCAGAUCCCUGUAACUGAUGAUCCCUCAAAAUAUGGAAAGAUUUGGCGGUAUGUCAUCUUCUUCGGGUCGGUCACCUCGCUGGUCAGCCUGGCGUGGGGUGUCAUGGCCUACUCACGGGGCUGCCGCUUCACCCAGCUGGAGAAGAACAACAUCUCCUUGCUGGGCUCCUUUGUCAUCUUCCUGUGGCACCUCUUCUGUCUUGCCGCCCGGGUGACAGCACUGGUGCUGUUCGCCUCCUGCUUCCGGAUGGUGGUGAUGUGGGUCUGCCUGGGCCACUGGGUAAUCAUGGCUGCCUGUCUCCUGCUGUGUCGUGCAUUCAGGGAAGCUUGCACCUCCAUUUUCUCUGAGGUGCUGAUGAGCUUGGUGUUUGGAGCGGUGUACAUUUUUGUGUUCCUGAAUUACAAGGACGAGCCAACACGGUGGAAGUAUGUGGCUUACUACACCAUGUGGGAAGUGGAGAACUUGGUACUGUUGGUGUUGUUCCUCCUGUAUGCUGACCCUGCUGUCUGGUACUAUGUCCCAGCGGUGGUAUUUCAUUUGAUGGCCUUUGCCCUGGGUCUGGUGUUCAUGGGCAUCUACUACACCCAGCUGCACCCCUCCAAGUGUGCCCUGCCCGUCCUGCCUCCACCCAGGGAGCAGGACGACCUCAUACACUCACCAGAGGAGGAUGCACAUCAGGCAAACCAGACAGAACUAUAGCACCCUUGUCAUCACCAUGCCUGUUAUCACCAUGCCUGUCAUUUCUACUCGUAGUCUCAAAUAUCUCAGUAUCUUAUCUGUGACUACUUCUAACAGGCUGCUGUGGAAGUUAUUGGAGUUUUCAAGGAUGUUUUCAUAGUUCCAGUGAUGGUUUGACAGGCUGCUGUGGAAGUUAUUGGGGUUUUCAAGGGUGUUUACAGGAAGUUACUGAGAGUUUCAAGGGUGUUCUAGUGAUAGUGAAAUGGAAAUUUUUAACUGUUAAUGAAAAAACACCCAUGGGAACCUGACUCAUGAUUAGUGUGGCCUUUGAAAACAGUUGUAGUGAAAGAACAAGGCAUUUCAAAAUAUAGACUUGUGUUUGGUGAGUCGAGAUGUGACUGUGUGUAGGUUUGUAUAGGAGAAUGUGCUCAUAAUGUAGUUGUUAAAUAUGUGAGGCAUUUAGAGAGAGAGAGAGAGAGAGAGUGGAUCUUCUUUACACUAUAUAUAUAUAUAUAACUUAAAUUAGUGUAUUUGUGUAUGUUUGUCUUCAUGUGUAUUAUAAUUAUAUAUGCAUACUAAAGGGGAACCAGUCAUGUGUGUGUGUGUGUGUGUGUGUGUUUGUGUGUGUGUGUGUGUGUGUCAGCCUAAGUGCCUUUAAAGAAAUGUCUUGUGAUUUUUUUUUUUUCUCCUGUUCUUCUUCUUCUUCUUCUUCUUCUUCUUCUUCUUCUUCUUCUUCUUCUUCUUCUUCUUCUUCUUCUUCUUCUUCUUCUUCUUCUUCUUCUUCUUCUUCUUCUUCUUCUUCUUCUUCUCUCAUUUCUUCUUUUUCUACUUCUUGAGUUAUGGUUUUCUGUAUCCAAUAUUUUCCCACUCUCCUAAAUAACUUUGUUCUUACUUCAUUAUUUCAUUCAGUAUUCCUUCACCCUCUUACUCUCUCCUUCCCCUCACUACAUCCCUCCUCCAUGCCCCUUGUUUCCUUUCUCUCUCCCUCUCCCUCUCCCUCUCCCUCUCCCUCUUCCUCUUCCUCUUCCUCUCCUUCCUGUUUGACUACUAGCCCUGUUGUUGUUAUUCUUUUUUUUGUUUUCUGUUGUUUUUUUUUAUUUGUAUUUUUCUCAUCUUUUUAUUUUUUCUUUCUUGUCCUUAUCAAUUCUUCCUCCUUCUCCUUCUCCACCUCAUCAUCAUCAUUUCCCUGUUCCUUUUAUGCUUCCUUAUCAACUCUUCCACAUCAUCUCCUCCUCCUCCUCCUCCUCCUCCUCCUCCUCCUCCUCCUCCUCCUCCUCCUCCUCCUCCUGUCUAAAGCAACAAAGGAGAAAGGGGAAGAACCAACAGGAGAAUGAAAUCUUAGAAGUAUUAGUGUAGAUCUGCCUAAAAGAACAGUUGGAGAGAGGAACACAGGAUCACAAAGAAAGACCAAAGAGAGUGCAAGGUUAGAUGUAUUAGUGAGGGAAUCUCAGAAGGGGUGGCAUGAUGUGUGACGUGCAUUUAUAUUUCCCUGGGUUAUGACUGAGCUCAUGGGGGUGUGAGUGAGCUGAAACUUACCUACAGUCCCUCAUGCAUGUCUCUAGCUUGUGUGUGUGUGUGUGUGUGUGUGUGU